GCCGUCGAAGCCCUCGGAGGCACGGCGAGCGGCGGGCCGCCGCCUAAAUGGAGCCGCGGCCCGGCUGCGAGGAGGAGCCUGCCCUGACACGGGCGAGGGAGCCCGCGCCGACGGCGGCCCCCGAGGGAAGGGGGGAGCGGUCGAGUAGGACGGAGAAGGAUGGCGGCGAGAGUCCCGGAGGAGACGGCGCUCGGGACGACUUUGAGAGGCCCCGAGUCCGAGGAGGGGAAGGGGCGCGGACGCCCAAGAAGACGGUGCGCUUCCGAGAAGCGUCCGCAGACGAGCCGCUGGCGGAGAGGGCCGGAGAGGAGACGAGCCUUUUUCCCGACUGCGCCCCGCAGGAGUGGAGCGGCGUCUCCUUCGACGAGCUCUUCCAGAAAGAAGACUGGCAGCGGCUCACAGACGAGCGACUGCUGUGCAAGAAGGUGCUGGAGCCAGCCGCCCCCGGCGCCCCUCGGCCCGUCUGGGGCCAGCAGGCCACGGUGAAGAUGCAGGCCGUCCUGGAGGACCGCACCGUCGUGGAGAAGGACCGCAAGCUGCUCUUUACUAUCGGCGAAGGAGACGUGAGCCGGGCGCUGGAGGAGGGCGUCGUGUCCAUGCGCAGGGGCGAGACGGCGCUGCUGCUGGCCCAUUCCCGCUACGCCUACGGGCCGGCGGGCAGAGAGCCCGACGUCCCCGCCGGAGCUCCUCUGCUCUACCAGCUGCAGCUGCUGGACGUCAGCGACAAAGCGGACCCGCUGAAUCUGCCGCUGUCCGACCGCAUCCGCGCCGGCAACCGCAAGCGGGAGCGAGGCAACUUCCAUUUCCAGCGGGAGGAGUACGGCGAGGCCGCGCGAGCCUACCGGAUGGCCCUGGAUGUGCUCACCACCUGCGGCGGGGAUGCCGGCGAGGAGGACGAGCGAGAGGUGCGCCACUACCGGGUCAAGUGUCUGAACAACCUCGCCGCGGCGCUGCUCAAACUGGAGCGGCGCCGGGAGGCGCUGCUCGCCAGCCGCGAGGCGCUUGCCAUCGAGCCCGACAACGUCAAGGCCCUCUACAGGGCGGGAAAGAUCCUGUCGGACGCCGGCGACUACGGGGAGGCCGCGCGGCUGCUGAAGAAAGCCUUGAAGCUGGAGCCCGGCGCCAGGGCCAUCCACGCCGAGCUUUCCAAGCUGGUGAAGAGGCGGUCGGGCGGCGAGGCCGCACGCCAUGGCAAAGCGAAGGCCGCCGAGAUGUCGGGCGACGACGUCGCGCCUUUUUCCCUUCCCUCCAAAGCAACAUGGCCCAUCUCGUGGAAGCUGAUGGCGGGAGCUCUGCUGGUGGCGCUGGGCGGCUUGCUGGCAUCGCUCAUCCUCCCUGCAAGGAAUUGAACAAUUGAGCGUCCUCCCUCGCUUACGCCUCCUUUUGUUGCCAUCGAGUUCGAUUUUCAGGGACGUCCGCACGUUGACUGUACAUAUGCACGCGCGCAUACAACGGAGGGACUGAAAACGGUCGGCCUUGAAAAAAUGAAGGUCGCUCAUCAAGAGAGAAAAGGCAAACCUUUCGGAGGUCGACUUGCAGUCUGGCACGCGAAGGGGCGCAGCGAAGCUGACCAAAUAGGAGCGAGCCUUCCCACUUGUUUGUUGCCUCUCCGCUUCGAGGUCUCCGACUGAACACAAAACAAACAUUGCGCACUCAACUCACAACGACCGCAAAGGGAAAUGGCAAAGAUUUAAUGGCGCGUGCGUGUCUGCGGCCGUUUUGCGAUCGGCCACGAAGCCAGCCGCGGCCAUUUGAACGCAACAGAAGCGACAAGUGUCGCCGGGUCACAACACCUGCGUCCGGCGAGCGAUUGCUUUUCGCGCCGAGCGGAUGUCUGGCUCCUGCUGCCCCCUGGCGGCCGAGACAGAACGUCCGCCGAGUCGGCCCGGCCGGCUGAGCGCCGUCGGAGGCGUGGCCCUCUACCCUUGACUCCGCCCACACGGACUCGCUCGCCCUUCCAAAUGCAGUCAGUCGUGAGGGGGGGCCGACUUGGCGACCUUCUGGCUCUUUUGAGAGACG